AUGGACCUCGUUCGUUCGGCGCUGUCGCACAACGAGCUGGCCACGCGGGUGUAUGCGUACGCGCAGGAUGGCGUGCUUGCGCUGCUGUCGUGCCUGGACUGUGCGGACGCGUACGGCACCGUGUGUGUGAAUGGCGUAUCGUACAACGUGAUGCAGCUGCUGGGUGAGGGCGGCUUCAGCAUGGUGUAUCUCGUGCGCGAUCCGAGCACGGGCAGUGCGUAUGCGCUCAAAAAGAUGCGGUGCCAGCACGGCGACGAGUCGCUGCGCAUGGCGCUGGGCGAGAUUCAGUCGAUGCAGCGCUUUCGCGGCCCGCAUGUGCUCCGCCUGAUCGACUCGGCCGUCGUGCAGGACCAGGAGGGCCGUGGCGCCGGGAGCUUUCUCGCCGGUGGCUUUGGGCGCGUGCCAUCUGACGACGUCGAGAAUCCACGCAGCGGCAAGAUUGUGUACCUCGUGCUCCCGUACUACCAGAACGGCAACGUCCAGGACGCGAUCCAUGCCCACAUCGUCCACCACACCCGCUUUGACGAGCGCGUCAUGCUCAGCCUCUUCGCCGGGGCCUGCGAGGCCCUCAAGACCAUGCACCACUAUGUGCUGCCGCAGCCCCACAUCGCCGCGCCGCCACGGGCCAAGGCGGACGACGACUCCCUCCUCUUCGACGCCGCGUCGACGGCCAGCGACGCGUACCCACCCGCUGAGCCCAUGUCUCUCGCUCCGCAGGACACGCAGCGCGUGCCGUACGCCCACCGCGACGUCAAGCCGGCGAACAUCAUGAUCGACGACGACGGCGUCACCGGCGUCCUCAUGGACUUUGGCAGCACGACCCGUGCGCGUAUCAAGAUCUCGAACCGACGCGAAGCCGUCGCUCAGCAGGACGUCGCAUCGGUCCACACGAGUAUGCCAUACCGCGCGCCCGAGCUCUUUGACGUCAAAACAGACACAAUCCUCGACGAAAAAGUCGACAUCUGGUCGCUAGGGUGCACACUCUAUGCGAUGGCGUACCUACACUCGCCGUUCGAGACGCCAUCGACCGUCGAGCAGGGCGGAUCGAUCGCACUCGCCGUCACGAACGGCGCAUACAAGUUCCCCGACGACGAUCCCUACUCGCCCCACAUCCGCGACCUCAUCACGCGGUGCCUCGCGCACGACCCACAAGCACGCCCUGAGAUCGACGAGGUGCUGCAUGACGUGUACUCAGCGCUCGCCUCUAUCUAG